AUGGACGCUCCUGACGCUGACUCGGACGUCAAGCUGCAAAAGGCGUCGGCCGAGCUCAUCGCCGACCUCGACCGCGCCCUACGAGGCUUCGUGCGCAAGCCCGACGCUCAGGGGAAGCCGCGCGUGCGCUCUUUUGUGCGGGCCAAGGAGACUCUGCAGGCGACUACGACGGUCCUCGAUUUGUUCCAGGAGCUUCCGCAGCUUCUGGACCCUCAUCUCCCCCGCUGGAUCCCGCUCCUCGCAGACGCGUACCUGGAGUAUCGGCAGACGCGGCGCGGCGGCAAGCAUGGCGCGGCGCCGACGUCAAGCCGCGCGGUGGUGCCGCUCGACCAGGCCAUUUGCCGGGUGCUGUACGCCAUUUCCAAGGUGCGCGGGGAAAAGGUGGUGGUGCGCUUCCUCAGCAAUGAGACGCGCUUCCUCGAGCUCUUGCUUGCUGCCGUCGAGGAGGCACAAGGGGAGCAGUCGCGGGGGCCCGGCUGGGAGUGGGAGCAGCGCUACGUGGUGCUGCUCUGGCUGUCGCACCUCCUGCUCGCCCCCUUUGACCUGUCCACUAUUUCGUCCGUCGACCUGGACCACGCCGGCCUCCCCGUCAUCCCGGGGCUUGCGUGGCCGGAGAAUCUCCCCGGCAUCACGCUCCGUCUGAUGCCACUGGCUGUCGGGUACCUCUCCUCGCCGGGCAAGGAGAAGGAUGCCGCCAAGGCGCUGCUCGUGCGCAUAGCCAUGCGGAGGGACAUGCAGCAGCUCGGCGUGCUCGACUGCCUUGUUCGGUGGGCGCUCGCGUCUCUAAAGCCGCCCCCGGACACCGCUUUGCAGACGACCUUCUUCUACCUCGGCGUCCUCUCGUUUCUCGCCGGUCUGCUGCGCUCGGCGGCCGAGACGUCCGACUUGGACGAGUACCUGCCCCUGAUCUUCCACACCGUCUACGACAUCACGCUGGGGGAGAGCCGGCUGUCCAAGGCGCUCGUCACGCUGGCUCUGGUGCGCAAGAUGAUCCUCAAGGUCAUUCGCUCCGUCGUCGUCUCGCUCUUGCGCAAGUCGCGCCGAGACAUGGCGAGCACGGAGCUCACCGAGACCGCCAUCGGCUACCUCCUCGAGAGCCUGUCGGACAAUGACACUCCAGUCAGGCUGUCAGCCAGCAAAUCCCUCAGCAUCAUCACCCUCAAGCUGGACCCAGGCAUGGCUUCCCAGGUCGUAGAGGCUGUCCUGGAAGCGCUCAACCGCAACAUCCUAUGGACCCGCCCUACCGGCGGGCCCGCGGCCAAGGCCGUCCGCGACCUGUCCGCCGUCAGCCACCUCGAAUGGCAUGGCCUGAUGCUGACCCUGUCCCACCUGCUCUACCGCCGAUCCCCUCCCGCGGGACAGCUGUCGGACAUUCUGCACGCCCUCCUCGUCGGCCUCUCCUUUGAGCAGCGGAGCACCUCGGGCGUCAGCGUCGGAGCCAACGUCCGCGACGCUGCGUGCUUCGGAAUCUGGGCUACUGCUCGUCGAUACACGAGCCAGGAGCUCCUUGCCGUGUCCUCCGAGUCUGUCUUUGCGGCCAAGGCGCACCCCGCAUCCGCCUCCAUUUUGCAGGUGCUCGCGACCGAGCUCGUCGUGACGGCGGCCUUGGACCCUGCGGGAAACAUCCGACGUGGUGCCUCGGCGGCCCUGCAGGAGCUCGUCGGCCGGCAUCCCGAUACCGUGGAGCAGGGCAUCGCCGUUGUUCAGACGGUCGACUACCACGCCGUCGCGAGACGAUCGCGCGCCGUUGACGAGGUGGCAGUCGGCGUCGCCCGGCUUUCACCCCAGUACGCCGAGGCAUUGAUGGACGGCAUACUCGGCUGGAGGGGCAUCGGAGACGCCGACGCCCCUUCGCGGCGAGUUGUGGGGAGAGCCUUUGGCGCCUUGACGGCCGAGUUGUCGCGCACCAAUCCGGCAGGCCCGGUUGCGCGGUUCGAAUGGUCCGUCCGGCGGCUGAUGCAGCAGAUGCAGUCACUUGCGAAGCGGCAGGUCGAGGAGAGACACGGUCUGCUGUCUUGCUUUGCGUCCAUGAUGGAUCACCUGACCCUUGUCUUCCGCAACGACGACACACACAACUGGGAGCUGGUGUCGAUGGACGCUGCUUUGAUGCGCAACGUCUUGAGCAAUACAACGGAGAUUCUCGCCGACUGCCACUCGGUGUCGUGUCGAAAGCCAGAGAUGGUUGCCGAAGGCGCUAGCAGGCUUGUCAUCUCCCUGCUACCGUUUGUCCAAGCAACAGCACUGCCCAACGUCUCUCAUGCACUCUCGCAGACGGGCAAGGACCUCUUGUCGCCGUCGCGGAGCGGGAGACUCAUCGAGUUGGUCUCGGCCUUUGACGUGAAUCCGUCGAGAAAGGCCGAGGUUGAAGCAUUGCUUUCCAAACUGCGCGACGUGAUUCCGGCUUGGCUCGACAGAAAUGAGACAGAAACGGUUGAGCCGGCGUCGGCAGCCGCACUCAUGCUCCUCGUCUUGUCUGAGUCCGGGGAACGGGAAAGGCUACUGCGAGGGUGGGCCGAGGUGGUGCGGCAUAAACCGACCAGCCGGGCGGCCGCUACGGGCCACGGCUACUUUCAUGCCUUGGCCCUAGCGCGGCCCCUUGCCGAUCUCUACGGCCGCGGCUCACGCGGGAUCGACGUGGCCUGUGGGGCGUUGAUUGAGCGCUGGCACGAGGACGGAGAAGUGGCCACUAGGGUUGCCCUCCUGGUCAGCCUGACACGCGGCCGGGUCAUCCAGGCCGAGCCGGCGAGGUUUCUGGAGCUGUUGCGCGACGGGCUCGGCGACUACACAACGGACGCGCGGGGAGACGUGGGCUCGCACGUGAGGGUCGAGGCCUUGCGGGCGACCAGGUGCCUGUGGGAGCGGCUGGGCGAUGGGCGUCUGGGCGAUGGGCGUCUGGGAGAGGACGAGUGGGUGGCAACGUCGGUCAAGACGUUGUUGCACCGCGUCCUGCGCCUCUCCGCCGAGAAGCUGGAUCGCGUGCGGCCAGAGGCUCAGGCUGCCGUGGCCUUGGCGCUUCAAGAGAGCCACGCGAGCCGCUUCGGGACCCUUGGCUUCUCGUCCAAGGGCUACUUCGAAACACUGCUUGACAUUGUUUCGACGCAACGGCUGCACCCCUGGCUCCCGCAGCCCGACGCGGAGGCGUGCAUGGCCGAGCUCCUAGCGGGUUUCGUCACGUCGGCCGACACGGGCAACGACGACCUCGUCAUGGCCAGUCGCGCGGCGCUGACGGAAUUUUGCGAGGCGUCGCGGGCCAAUGGCGGGCUCGUCUGCCGCGGCCUGCUGCGGAACCUCCGGGAACGGCAGGGCGAGGAGCGGGUGGUGGUGCCGACGCUGGAGAUAUCCGCCUUUCUCUUCCACUGCGGGCUGUUUGGGCGGGACGACGGGGCGAGCCUGCGCGAGCUGUGUCGGCAGACGCAGAGGGCGGGCUAUCGGUCGGGCAACGUGCGCAAGCUCUUGGCGUGCGUCAAGGUGUAUGGGGGGGUGGCAUGCACAGAGGCGCGGAGGAGAUUGGGGGCGCUCUUGUUUCAUCCGUGGCCGCGGGUGCGCAGCGCCGUGGUGGACGAGCUGUGGGGCGUGCUGGGCGAUGAGGACGACGGGACGACAGCAGCGGGCGGCCGGGGGCGAGCGAGGCUCCUCGGCGUGGACUGGGCCAAGGCGGAUAAGCAGACGAUUCGGGGAGUGGUCGAGGAGCUGGGCCCGGGAUCUUGA